UAUGUCUCUUGUCAUUCUAGACCGGGCUACUACAUAGAUUUGCUGUUAUCAUCUCUCGUUCCUAGUGUUGUCGUUCAUUUUAUUCUCUCUUCCCCCUUCUACUUGUAGAUAAUAUUUGACAAGCCCUAAUCGAAAUGGCUAGCUACAAAACCUGCACCGAGGUCACGCCCUUAUGCCCUGUCGAGGCAACAACAUACGGCUACUAUCCCAACUAUGGUGGCAACAUCUUCUUCGCGGUCUUCUUCGGCCUCUGCGGCCUCUUUCAACUCGGCUUUGGUAUCUACUUUCGCUCAUGGACUCUGAUGGUGGCCCUGGUCGUCGGCACGUUCCUCGAGAUGGCGGGCUAUAUUGGUCGGGUGCUCAUGCAUAAUAACCCCUGGAGUAGCGGCGCGUUUAAGCUGCAAAUUGUGGCGAUCAUUCUGGGGCCGACGUUCAUCGCCGCGGGAAUAUACCUCACCCUCAAACAUAUCAUUCUGUCGCUGGGCCCGGAACACUCGCGCCUCAAACCGAAGCUAUUCACGUGGAUCUUCAUCGGCUGUGAUAUUGGGUCUCUUAUCUUGCAGGCCGCUGGCGGGGGUGUGGCUGCUGCUGCUGGGAGUGACCAACGGGAUCUUCUCAAUGCGGGUAAUGAUAUUAUUAUCACGGGUAUCGCAUUCCAGGUAGCGACAAUGUCUGUCUGUGGAUUGUUAGGGUUGGAGUUUUUCCUUCGUUACCUUCGACGUGGCUCGGGAGAGAAAUCUCUGGACAGUGGGAAUGGUCGAACUAAGCUGGUAAUCUUCGCGGAUAUCUUCGCCUACUUCACUGUUCUGAUUCGGUGUAUCUAUCGUAUCCCGGAAAUGGCGGGCGGAUGGGGUGGCCCGUUGAUGCAAAAAGAGGACGAAUUUCUGGUCCUCGAUGGAAUGAUGAUUGCUCUGGCGGUUUUGGCUUUGACAGCUUUUCAUCCGGGUCUUUUCCUCCCGUCGUUGAGAAGGGGCCGCAACAACAGGGAAACGGCCUAAUAUAUCUAUCUAUAUACAAUCCAGGAUGCCCAAUGCAUGGGAAAAGAAAAAAAAGAAGAAAUUAACCUUCAAGAUGGAUGCGGAUCAAUAUAUUCAU